AUGUCCCGAAAAGUUGUAAUACUAACCAGUGCAAUUACAACUUACGGAUUGUAUAAAUAUGUCAAUUCGAAUAAGAACAAACGAUGUAUUUACUCAAUAAGAUCCAUAUCUGAUCAUCCAACGAGUCUUAUAAUCGGCACUGGUAUUAUUGGUUUGACGAGUGCUUAUUAUUUAGCUAAAAAUGGACAUAAAGUUAUUUGUAUUGAAAAACGAGAAGAUGUUGCUCUAGAAACAAGUUAUAAAAAUGGUGCAUUGAUAUGUCCAUCUCUAUUAACACCAUGGGCAAAUUCUGAUGUGCCAAAGAAAUAUUUCAAAUCCAUAUUUUCUUCUUCAUCAAAACUAACAUCUACUAAAAUUUGGCCGAGUACUUUCUUUUCGCUAAAAUUCUAUCGUUGGAUGUAUGAAUAUUUAAAAAAUUGUACAACAAAAGCUCAGAUUAAUAAUGCAAAACAUCUAUUAACACUUAGUAUGUAUUCUCGACAAUGUUUAAAUGAUAUUCUCAAUGAAAAUUCUAUAUCAUUUUCUCGUCAUUCAAAUGGUUCAUUACAAAUAGCUAUAGAUCCGAUUAUUUUGAAACAAAUUAUUGAAGAAUCAAAAUAUAUUAAUAAUAUACAAAUUCUAUCAACAUCCGAUGAAGUUAUUAAACAUGAACCAAUAUUAAAAACUGUAAAAGAUCGAUUCUAUGGUGGUGUUUUUAGUUCAUUAGAUACAAAUGGAAAUAUUUAUGAAUUUUGUUGUGAAUUAAAAAAAAUUCUCAUUGAAAAAUAUAAUGUUCAAUUUUUAUUUAAUAAAGAAAUCAAAGAUUUUCUUGUAACAACUACGAAUAAAAGUCAUAAUAAUUAUCAACAACAUCAUAUAACUGGAGUUUUAACAAAUGAUAAUAAAAUUAUUAAUAAUAUAGAUAAUAUCAUUUUAACAAAUGGAAAUUAUGUUAUGCCAUUAAUGGAAAAAUUAAAUAUUUAUAUACCAGUUUAUCCUGUUAAGGGCUAUGUUGUUGAAAUAACAACACCAGCAAAUAUUUCAUUUCCAUCGAUGAAUUUAGUUGAUGAUGGAAAUAAAUUAUAUAUUUCAGCAUUAAAACCAACUGCUGAACAAGGUAUAGUUCGAGUUAGUGGUCUUGCUGAAUUUGCAGGUUGGAAAGAUAUUGGUAUUCUUAGUGAACCGGAUCGAGCUCAAUAUUUAUAUGAACAAACAAUAAAAUGGUUACCACAUUUAGAACCUUAUGAAAAAACCUUUCAUAGUUGUUCUCGUCCUGUAUCAGCCGAUGAUAUACCAUUAAUUGGACUUUGUGAUGAUUUCGAUAAUCUUUUUGUUAAUUGUGGUCAUGGUAGUAAAGGAUGGACGUUGGCAUUUGGAUCAGCUGCUUUGUUAGCUAAUAUUAUUAAUCAAAAGUCGAACAAGGAAGGAUCAGAAGACAUCGAUCCCGAACCAUAUUCUCCAAAUAGAUUUUAA